AUGCAGGGCUUGAACUUCAAGUUCCAGAAUGCCUUGCAGCAAGGGCCUGCAAUUCAGUGGGAGAGGGAGGGGCUCAUGCCGGAGUGGAGGGGGAGGGUUCAGUGCAAAGCAAGUUCCAGCGUUCCAGUGCUGAGGAGGAAAAGACUCCCACCAGAGCUGGCUAUGAAAAUAGAAGAUAGAGGAACCAUGAAUCAGUCUCCAGCCUUUCCCUUCCAUUCUUCAUAUCAAGAUUUAAAGGCAAGGAAUAAAAAUUUGCUAAAAAGAAGUCAUCAAGAAAAGUAUAGGCAGAAAUGUCUCAGGAUGAACAGAAUUGCAAAAACGAUUGUGUUUGAAAACACAGCUCUGGCUGAUGAAAUUGCACGUCUUGAGGAAAAGUUUAUUAGAGCCAAAGAUGAAAGGAGGUUUUUGUUGAAGAGAAUGCUACAGCUGCAGGCUUUAAGUGAAGAUUGUCCAACACCAUCUCACAAUACAAACUUACCUGUUACAUAUGGGAUUUCAGAGAUGGGGGUAGUCAAUGAAGGAACUCUGGACAUGUGCUUAUCAAGUGUUGAUGAUAGUGUGUGCAAACAGCUAAGGAAAGACAAAAGAGAAAAAGGAAAAGAGAUCAAAUUAGAAAGCAAGUGACUAUAAGAGCGAGAGAGACACUGUUGGUCCUAUCCACGAUGUUGGGAAAAUUUGGCUUGUCACAUAUAAGCCUUGUUGCGGAUUAUGUCCCACAGCGAAGAGGAAAUUAUUCCAAAUUGCUCUUGGCGUAAAAAAAAAAAAUCGAACCAAUCAAUUCUUUCAUGAUUCAGAUAAAAUGUUUAUUAAAAAAUCAAGUUUACUUGGUUCUCAUUGCAUUCUUAUAUUGAAUAGAAUACCGGGGAAAGAAGAAUGCUUGUUUGAGGAAAUAUAUGGCUGCAGUUUUCAUGAAUGCUUUUGAGCACUAGAUGGCAGCAGUGUUUUUACAAUGUAUAACGUUAAAGGGACAGUCUAGGCAAAAAUAAACUGUCAUGAUUCAGAUAGAGCAUGUCAUUUUAAACAAUUUUCCAAUUUACUUUUAUCACCAAUUUUGCUUUGUUCUCUUGGUAUUCUUAGUUGAAAGCGUAACCUAGGAGGUUCAUAUGCUAAUUUCUUAGACCUUGAAGGCCACCUCUUUUCAGAUUGCAUUUUAACAGUUUUUCACCACUAAAGGGUGUUAGUUCAUGUGUUUCAUAUAGAUAACACUGUGCUCGUGCACGUGAAGUUAUCUGGGAGCAGGCACUGAUUGGCUAAACUGCAAGUCUGUCAAAAGAACUGAAAUAAAGGGGCAGUCUGCAGAAGCUUACAUACAAGGUAAUCAGAUGUAAAAAUUAUAUUAUUAUAACUGUGUUGGUUAUGCAAAACUGGGGAAUGGGUAAUAAAGGGAUUAUCUAUCUUUUAAAACAAUAAAAAUUAUGGUGUAGACUGUCCCUUUAAAAGUAUUCUUGCAAAAUUGCUGCUGUAAAAAGCUCAAGACAAAUUAAUUCUCCUGAGCCAACCUACCCGCUUUUCAACAGAGUAUACUAAGAGAACAAAGAAAAUGUGAUAAUAUAAGUACACUGGAAACUUUUAAAAGUGUGUCUGGAUCAUUAAAGAAAAAAAUGUUUGAUAUCCAUUUAAGCCUUUAAUCUCCUUUUAAAAAUGUUUAAUAAAAAUAAUUACGUUGCAAUAUACACUCAUUGUUUUGCACAAGAUCAAGUAGAUAUGUUCCUAAUUGACCACAACACAGGAGACCAGGAACAUAUAUAUUUCACCAGAAUUUGCAAAUACCUGUAAAUUGCACCAUUAAAAUGACAGAUUAUUUUGCAAUGCAGUGCUUAUUUGCUGGUAAAUUCAAUGAAUAAUUGUAAUGACUAAUGCCCAAGCCAUUUACUACCCCUUUUUUUUUAAAGCAGUUUUAAAAUGUUUUUGAAAACAGUCCUACUGUUUUGUGAUUUACUAACACAAACCAUAUGCUCGAUUCAUUAGCUUUAAUAAAUCUUUUGGCUCAGAAAGAAAAGAAAAAAAAAGAAAAUGCAGAAUUAGUGGUUACUUCACUGAAACAGUCUUCUGAGUCUGUUUUAAUUUUUAAAGGGACAGUCUACUCCAGAUGUUUUAUUGUUUUAAAAAGCUAGAUAAUCCCUUUAUUACCCAUUUCCUGAUAUAUUUAUUAAUACUGUAUACUUUUUACCUCUGUGAUUACCUUGUAUCUAAGCCUCUGCAGACUGCCCCCUUAUCUCCAUUCUUUUGAUAGACUUGCAUUUUAGCCAAUCACAACUGACUCAGAAUGUUACCUAUAUUCAACACACAUGAACUAUCACUGUCUAGCUGUAAAAAAACAAAAAACUUCAAAAUGCACAGAGAUAAAAGGCAGCCUUAAAGGGCUUAGAAAUGAAAAAAGGAGCCUACCUAGGUUUAGCUUUCAAAAAAGAAUACCAAGAGAACAAAGCAAAUAUGAUUAUAAAAGUAGAUUGGGAAGUUGUUUAAAAUUACAUGCCCUAUCUCAAUCAUAAAAGUUUAAUUCUGACUAGACUGUCCCUUUUAAUAAGUGAUCGGUGUAUUGAAUAAUAAUAAUUUGUAUAACAAGAUGAUUUCCGCCCUGUUACAAUCCCUUAAAUUAGUUAUAUUCAAGAUUUUUUUAUUGGAUGAGGACCAGAGAUUUAGAAACAUUUACCCAACUUGAUGUAGUUGUGUGGUUUUUUUAAUUUUAUUUUUUGUGCCACUUUUCUUGUAUUCCGUUCCUCCUCGGAACUUUAAUUUUAUUUUGUAAGUUUCUUUACUAUCAACCUUGUGAACCUAUUACUAAAUUGUCUUUUGAGGUUCUUUAUUUUUAAACUAGCAAAUGUGGUACACUUUGCUUGUUGUCUCAUCAUUUGAUGGUGUUUGUCAAUGUUUUUUACAUGUUGCCAGGUCCCUGAUUAGUUUGGAUAUCAUUGUUCUAUCAUUCUGUCCUAAUGUUGAUGAAAAAAUAGAAUCUUGUUUGAAAUCAUCAUAUAUUAACUGAAAGUAGUGGUGGAAAAAUAUUACCUGUAUAAAUUAUCAGUCAGUGCACAAGUCUUACUAGUCCACUCAAUGGGUUUUUUUUUUUUUUAAAGAAAGCAUACUGUCUUAAAGGGACAGUCUAGUCCAAAAUAAACUUUCAUGAUUCAGAUAGGGCAUGUCAUUUUAAACGUUUCCAAUUUACUUUUAUCACCAAUUUUGCUUUGUUCUCUUGGUAUUCUUAGUUGAAAGCUAAACCUAGGAGGUUCAUAAGCUAAUUUCUAAGCCCUUGAAGGCCGCCUCUUCUCUCAGGCAUUUUGACAGUUUUUCACCACUAGAGGGUGUUAGUUCAUGUGUGUCAUAUAGAUAACACUGUGCUCACUCAUGUCUGUCAAAAGAACCGAAAUAAGGGGGCAGUUUGCAGAGGCUUAAAUACAAGGUAAUCACAGAGGUAAAAAGUGUAUUAUAACUGUGUUGGUUAUGCAAAACUAGGGAAUGGCUAAUAAAGGGAUUAUCUAUCUUUUUAAACAAUAAAAAUACUAGUGUAGACUGUCCCUUUAAAUGGGUAAGAAACCCCAAAAUCUUGCAAGACUGCUGCCAUGUAGUUCUGCAGACACGUGUACACUCCUGAGCUUACAUCCCUGCUUUUCAACAAAGGAUAACAAGAGAUAAAAAACAUAUAUAUAUAAUUAUUUUAAUUGUUUUUUUAUUUAUCUUUUCCCACCCUACUUCCCAAAAAAGGAUCAUUAUACUUGAACAAAUAAUAACCAUGUUUUUAAUAUUUUGUCAGCUUGGCAAAAAAAAUUUCUUGCUGUCUUUUUUUUUUAUUGAAGACCUGAAUAAAAGUUUUUUUGUUAUUUAAGAAAAAAAGACAAUCACAGUAUUUAUUUGAUUUGUUUUUUUGGGUGCCAAGUGCUUUUUGGCUCAGUAAUAUUUAUAAAACAUCCAGGUUACAAUCAAAGAUCAUUGAUGUAAUGGCGAUCAUAACAUGGUCACGUUUAAAAUCUGUUCCCAUAGAGAAUAUUACAAGUGUCAGACCAAUACAUUUUAAUUCAAAUAAGGUAAAUUUAAUUGAUUUAUGGGAAUCUUUAACAUAAACAUACAUAAAUUGGGCCAGUGUGUUCCCAAAUAAUCAUAGGAUAAAUGGACGACAUUUAAAACUUUGGUGAAUACAUUUAAUUUUAACACAUACCAUGUGGAGAUAAAGGUAAAAUAAAUUAAUCCAAAACAAUGAAACUCUCUAAAAAUGUAUUACAUAUAAGAGAGAAACAUACAACAUUUAAAUUAUUCAAGGAGCUAUUGGCUUUACAAGUAUAAGCAAUGUGGCAAAGCUUGCAACUAGGCAAUACUAGCAAAAAGGCUAAGAAGGAAAAUAUUGGGGCACUAAAAUGUGGUAUGGCGAUCAAAGGUGAUCAGAGAAUGCCUCAGGUGCUACAGAAAUUAUGAAUAACUUGGUUGUAUAAGGACUUCAUGGACUAAUCAGCGGAUGAUGCUUUGGAGAACUUCUGGAGCUUGCUCGCACGAGUUCCAAAGUGGUGGUCAAAUAAAGACUGCUUUCCAACCUCUCGCAACCUCAGAGGCUGAAGAGAUAAAUCACUCUGAACUCACUUGUUCGGGUGAUUGGUAAUUCUGACAUCACUGGUUGGCUAGUUAAUAGAGGUGAUUAUAUUUAUGAGUAUCUUAAGAGCAAGAUCAUACAAUUCAGCAAUAUAUUUAUACUAAUCUAAUUAGAUUCUUUAUGAUUCUUUAUAACAAAGCUUAUUUCUCAUACCUUGUGUGCAUCCUAAGAAUGGUCAACAAAUUUCAGAGGCAAACGUAAUAAUACUAAUUUAAAAAUGUAGCCACCAAUCAGCAAGCGCUCCACAGGGUUUGAACCAAAAAUGGGCUGGCACCUAAGCGUACAUUCCUGCCUUUUCAAAUAAAGAUACCAAGAGAACGAAGAAAAAUUGAUAAUAGGAGUAAAUUAGAAAGUUGCUUAAAAUUGCAUGCUCUGUCUGAAUCAUGAAAGAAAAAUUUGGGUUUCAUAUCCCUUUAAGUCAUAUGUGGACAAACUUUACAGUUGCUAAAACAUAAAAAAUAAUUCCAUUGAUGUUGUUUUUUUUCUGUACUAUUGUUUAAAUCUAUUGUAUAAAUCUGUUUAUCUUUUAAUUUUAUUGGAGUCUUGUCUAAAGGUGAUUACCGGCUGCUGUAAAAUACUAUUAAAUAUUCAUUAUCAGGC